CUCCUUCCAGACCACCGGCGUUCUUUCUCGCAGUCACACUGCCCCCCACCAAACAUAGCACUUCCUCUUUUGUGCAAUUUCAUGGCGAUCGGGAGAGAGGGAACCACUGACGCACGCACACUGUCUCGGCACUCUCCAAAGAGUUGAUUCGGGUAUCAACUUGAGUUGACAGCCUAACUUUCACAACAGACAUUGCUUUCCAGUCAACAGGAGUGGAUUUUGAUCAAGAGGCUCUCAGAUCGGUUCUCCUGUGUUGGACAUCCAGUCUGCUCAGUCUAUGGCUCUGAUGGACAAACAUAAACAGGUCAAGCGCCAGAGGCUCGACCGCAUUUGUGAGGGUAUCCGCCCCCCCAUCCUUAACGGGCCCAUGCAUCCACGGCCUCUGGUGGCGCUGUUGGAUGGGCGCGACUGCACUGUUGAAAUGCCCAUCCUCAAAGAUGUCGCUACCGUGGCCUUUUGUGAUGCCCAAUCCACACAAGAAAUUCACGAGAAGGUGCUGAACGAGGCUGUGGCCGCCCUGCUUUAUCACACCAUCACUCUGUCCAGAGAUGACUUAGAGAAGUUUAAAGGCCUUCGAGUAAUUGUCCGAAUUGGAUCUGGUUUUGACAACGUUGACAUCAAAGCAGCUGCUGAGCUUGGCAUUGCUGUCUGUAACGUUCCAGCGUCCUCAGUGGAGGAGACAGCCGAUACUUCGCUAUGUUUGAUCCUCAACCUGUACAGGCGAGUCACUUGGAUGCACCAGGCUCUCAGGGAGGGAACCCGCGCAUCCAGUGUGGAGCAGAUCCGAGAGGUGGCUGGUGGUGCUGCUCGCAUACGAGGAGAGACGCUGGGCAUCAUCGGUCUUGGGCGUGUCGGACAAGCAGUGGCUCUUCGUGCCAAAGCUUUUGGAUUUGGCGUUAUCUUCUAUGACCCCUAUUUGCCUGAUGGCGUGGAGCGCUCCCUGGGCCUGCAGCGCAUGGCCACUCUCCAGGACCUGCUCAUCCACUCAGACUGCGUAUCACUGCACUGCAGCCUCAACGAGCACAACCACCACCUCAUCAACGACUUCACCAUCAAACAGAUGCGGCAGGGAGCUUUCCUGGUGAACACAUCGAGAGGCGGUCUCGUUGACGAAAAAGCACUGGCUCAGGCCUUGAAGGAGGGUCGGAUACGAGGGGCCGCUUUGGACGUCCAUGAGACCGAACCCUUCAGUUUUUCAACAGGUCCACUGAAGGAUGCCCCCAACCUGAUCUGUACUCCACAUACUUCCUGGUACAGCGAGCAGGCCUCGGUGGAGGCUCGGGAGGAGGCAGCCAGGGAAGUGCGCCGUGCCAUCACUGGUCGUAUCCCGGACAGCCUGAAGAACUGUGUGAAUAAAGAGUAUCUGAUGGCAGCGUCUCAGUGGCCCAGCAUGGAGGCUGCCACUGUUCACCCGGAACUUAACGGAGCAACCUACAGAUUUCCCCCAGGUCUGAUCAAUGUUGCCGCUGGGGGUCUCCCGGGAGCCGGCGCCGGGGUUGAAAGCCUGGUUUCGGGAAACCUGGCUCAUGGCAUCGCCCCAGUCUCUCACCCACCACAUGCCCCCUCUCCGGGGCAGCCAACUAAGGCCGAAGCUGACAGAGACAUCCCCUCCGACCAAUAGCCCUCCCUCCCUGCCCCGACCCCUCGACCACCACCAUACACGCCCACCUUAGCCCCUCCCCUUGCUGCCACCAGAACAUUCCGUCACCUCUGGAAAACCGGGCUCCAAACCCAUCAUCCCAGCAUCAGACACAGCUCCACUCCCCCAGUACCAGUAUGCCCUGAUGCCGAUCCACACGGCCUCACGUGACUGGCUCAGGACACACCAACUUGCAUCCAUUUUCAUUUCACCCGCCCCUCAUCCUCCCCUCACAUCCUCUCACCCUCACACCCCUAAAGUCAGCAAUAACUUUGUUCUCAAGGAUUCGAUGAUCGGAGUGGUGUUUUUCCGUAGUUGGCAGUUGUUUCAAUGGAAAGUCGAUCAGUUGUGACUCGAGGUGUUAAUGUUUGUAAAGAAAAAAACAUUUUCAAGGCUUUCCAGUUGGCCGCAUCCUCUACUUGACUGACCAGUAGAGGUGCUCAGGCAGAAAGCCGCCCUUUUGUCCAUGAAAGGCUUGUGUUACUGCUUUCAUCUUCUUUUCUCUCCCCCCCCCCUUCUUCUCCCAUACAACAUAGUUGUGAAGGGUUUAUGUGUUCUUUGAGUUAAUCUGCAUCCAAUCACGAAAAGCCUCACCUAGAGCCCAGUUUUACCCUAGGUGCUUUGAAUUGUUCAACUCGUUAUUUUUCUCCCAGCCUCAGUGAUCAGUGAUACCCACAAUCCUUUAUAGAACAGCCUUGUUUGAUGAAUUAACCUCUAUUCGGAUCCCCCAGUUGAGCAUGAAUUUCUGUCUCAUGCCCAAAUACUCAAGCACGCGGCGCCGCCAGCAGAGGGCGCCGCCCGACUGCUCAUUUUAGCCUCAAUAGGACAACUUUUGUUUUGUGAAGCAAUGCCCCCCCAACCCUACACACACACACACACACACACACACACACACACACACAAAAAAAAAACACUGACUACACCAGGCAGACCAUCCCUACUCCCACUCUCCCACUGCCAUGUCCUCACCCCCCACACAUGCUCAUGAACCCAUAAUGCAUUCUUCCUUUAAACGUGAGGGGACAGUAGAGUUUAGAUCCUCAGAAGUCGUGAGGGGGAUGUUAUUCUUGCAUGCUGGCUUUGUUAACAACAGUGGUGUGUGUGUGUGUGUGGGUGCGUGCGUGCGUGCGCGCGUGUGUGGGUGCGUGCGUUGGUGUGGGUGUGUGUUCGUUCGUUCACCCUGUUUAUAACAAGCUGAUUUCUUUCCAAAGGAAUAGUCCCUAGGAGUAACUCUUUACCGCUGUCGCUCGGGUGUCAAGGAAACACCUUUCUCGUACCUCAGUAACAGAUAUUGAAUGUACCGUGCAUACCCUUUUAUUUUUUGUACAGAUUUUCUAGAUUCUUCUUACUGUUCUUUACCAGAAGGGUUGUGAUAUUGUAGCAGUAAUAAGACGAAAUUAAAAAACAAAAAAAACAAACCCUCCCCUCGUCAUACAAUAAACGGACAAUAGGUUGUCUCUCCAUAGGUUACUGAAUACUCAGGCUGCGAAACCAAUGCUUGUCUCUUUUUGCCUUGACCCUGACCACUUUUGUCCUCCGUCUUACUGGCUAAUGAUAAAUGAGGAACAAAGAAAGGUGGAUCUUGUGCUCUUUGACUAGAACAUUAGUAGUAGAGGCUUGUUUUUUUCUUUCUGUUUUGCGCCCCCUUUUGUCAUUGCCCUGCUGCUCUGUUUGUAGUGCAUGUGCGAUUUGUUUGUUUUAAACCCUUCAAAUUAAUGGCUGCUUCUCCCUCCGCUGAGUGUUUUUUAGCCCCAGUUGACAUUUACGUUGUGGUUAGUUUCCAGUAAUGUGCAGUUUUGCCCCUCUUCCCCCCCCUGCUGUCCUGUGCCCUCAGAGUCUAAGAGUGACUUGGGGCAUGUGAUGCUUGGCUCCUCUGUCAUGUGAUGAGUAUAUAUUUUUAAGAAUAACCUCCCUCCCUACCCUAACCGCUCUUUCCCCCCCAUAGUUCCGUUAAUGAGUAAUCUUAAAUUUUUUGCUGUUAAUGAUGAUGAUUAUAUAUUUUUUCAUUUCAGCCGUGCACUGUCAUGUAUCCCAGUUAGUUUUAAAUGUAGAUGUUGAUUUUUUUAAUGCAUAUAUGCUGUCUGUGUUCUACACGUUGUACUGAAAAAUAUAGAUAAUAAGAGGAUCUCUUCCCCCCCCCCCCCCCCCCGCUUCCCACCAGACCCCCCUCCCCCCCUCCCCCCAUCCUCUCCUUGUAGCUGUUCUAGAAAGUCGCCAUGGAACCACUCACUGCCUUAAUACAGUUGACCACAGCAGGUGACCAGUAGAAUCCAACUAGCCAAAAAAACUUGACACUCCUGCAGCAGGCUGAAUUCUAGCAAGUGAAAAGACAGGAAAAAGUCGUCAAGAAAAAAGUUGUAAUAUGGGAAAAAAUGUCAAUCGUAGAAAAGGGUUCCCACAUGGACUUAAACGCAACAGUGUGAGUCUCUUUCUAAAGAGAAUUACUCUGUAUUCAUUACGUAGGGUCAUUCAUCGUUAAAAACAAAAAUGUAUGUUUUUUCCCUCAUGUUCUUAUAAAUGUAUUCCCACAGUAUUUCAACUUUAUUCUCAGUACGAUUUUCUUUUCCUUCAUGGCGUGGCUCUGAAGACUCCUUCAUAGAAUUCUACAUCACCUUGCAACAAAUAUAACCCCGUGUCGACAGUUUUUAUUUUUGGAUCAAACGUAAAACACAAUUUUUGUCCCGUAAAGUCAGGCCAGCAGUGUGUUUGUUCACAGGCUAACAAGAUAAGCACAGUGUGUGUGUGUGUGUGUGCGCGCGUGUGUGUGUGUGUGUGGUCACAAAGCUCCAGCUGAUAUUUCACUCUUGGGUGUUAAAAAUGCACCCACAACCACCACCCCUCCUACUACUACUUCUACUACUGUGGGCUUAUGAAGGGUCUUACACUCUGCUGACAGAGCCCCCAAAGGGCUGGAGUGGGUGGAGGGUAGGGGGGCACAGCAGACACUGGUGUCAUCUGUCCAAAAAAAAAAAACAAAAAACAAAAGAGAAUUGGUCACUUUUUCUCUCUCAGGGUUCGAAUGCACACACAUAUCCUUUAGCAGUUGUCGUCCCUCUGAAUGUAGAACAGCCGAGUGUGUUUUUAGAAGCCCCUAACUUCUUCUCUUGUUCCACAGCUUUUCCUUCUCUCUUGUUUUCCUUUUGGCACUGACGUCUAACCAUCUAACAAGGAGUGAAUGAAAGAAUGCUUGUAAGUGUGACUGUGUGUGUGUGUGUGUGUGUGUGUGUGAGAUGUUAAGAUUGGGAAAUGUAUUUUUAUGACAUGUGAACUUGUUUUUUUCCAUCCUCCCUCCCACCCUCAUUUGUGUACUGAUUUUCACCAGACUGCAAAAACAAAAACACAAAAAUGCAAAAAAAAAAACAAAAACCCAUCUCUGUAACUAGGCUCUUAAGCUUUAUUUUUUUUGUUUACUUUUUUUUUAUUAUUAGAAACAAUCAUGUUUGUGAUGGUAACUCCCAAUGGUAAACUCCACACCAUAUUUUAAUAAAAUCUUAAAAAUUAAA